ACCUCUGGGAGUAAAUGAAGGGUCGUGAUCGACAUAUUUAGACAAGCAUUGACAUCUGAAGCAGCAUCACGAUGAUCCUCUCGCAUUUGGUGGCUUGUGGACUUAUCCUGACUCUCCUGUCGGUCAGCACUGAGACAAAACCACUAACGCUGGAAGAACAGCGGUCCCUGCGGAUGCUGUUGGGCGAGGAGCUGUCUGAGCUCCUGGCGUCUGAUGAGAGUCAGAGGAGGAUGGAGAACAGGGUUCGUCUGCUGAGGGACCUGCGCUUGGACACCCGGGCCAAGGGCCCCUGGGCUCGGAUCCUGAACGAUCAGCCCGGCUCACGCAGACUCAAAGCUGGAUCUAAGAAGGGAGGCUCGACGGCCAGGAGCGGAUGCUUCGGACACAAGAUGGACAGGAUAGGAACCAUGAGCGGGAUGGGCUGCCAGCCGUCUCAGUACCCGUCGGCAAAUAAUCUCUCCUGAGCCAAUCACGGACGUCAUCGAUUUGGGACAGAACAGACUCAGUUGCUCCUCUUCCGAGGAAAAGCCUAAUGGUACGAAGCCACUACGAGAACCAUUUGUGGGGACAAUGAAAACGUACAACUGAAAGAAAUCAAAUAUUUAGAUUAAAAAAUGUGUACAAAGUAAAAGAAACACAUGGCAGAUGAUGUGGAUACAAGCUGUAUAUUGUUGCUGCUGCUGUACAUUCAUGUAUUUCAUUCUCGCAUAAAUGUAUUUAUGUUGAAAAACUAUUUAUAUGUUUAUAAAAGAGAUAUUUAUAAAUAUGAGUUUUAUUUAUGUAACAUUUUGAAACGAAUGCAAACUGCAGGCCAAUUCUGUUGUAACUAUUUUG